AUGAAUGCUGGGAGCCCCAGGAAGGUGGAGGGUGGGAGUCGUCGACCCGACACGACCACCUGCGACCAGUCACGACCACCUGCGACCAGUCACGACCACCCGCGACCAGACACGACCACCCGCGACCAGACACGACGACCCGCGACCAGUCACGACCACCCGCGACCAGACACGACCACCCGCGACCAGACACGACCACCCGCGACCAGACACGACCACCCGCGACCAGACACGACCACCCGCGACCAGACACGACCCACCAUGACAACCUGCGACCAGACACGACCCACCACGACCAGCAGCAGCCCAGCACGACCGUGGACGACCACCACGACCCCCACACUAACAUAA